GCGGCCGCUCGCUCCUGCCGCUCCGAGCGUGACUUGUAUUAUAAUUGCGAAGGUAUACCAGCUGCUCAUUUGAUACCUGCUGUUGGUUUUUUCUUUAAAUCCUUGACUUACUGAGAGUUUGAUUCCACAAUAAAACAGGUUUACUACUACUAUAUGCUCUACUUCUACUCGCUCGUUCUACCUCGGUGGCUGCGGUCUUUAAAUAGUCUAAAGUUGACCCAGCAUUUAAUACCAGCACCAGCAAACUAGGCUCUUCUUCUGGGAAACUUUGGGAAAGAUAAGAAGACCAUCUCUUUCUUUCUCUCAUCUUAAUCUUCAGCGGUCACGAACGACGACGGGACCGAGUCCAGCUCUUGGUCACUUGCUGCUGCUACAAGUAUAAUGUGACUACGAGGAGACUGUGACUUAAGUUUUUGCUCCGGUCAACAGCAAGGUGCAGCAUGGGUAGUGCAUGAUCAGCCAAGGUUGGUGACUGAGAGGAGCAUAAGACAAAGACUUAGCCGGGGGUGUUUUGUCAUCUCUCUCCUUCCAGAGAUGGUAUAAAUAUGCUCCUUCUAUCGAGCUGGCUUGGGGGCACGACGAGCAGAGAAGAAGAUAUCCGAUCUUGUGAAGCAAAGUUUUGACAGGGACUUUUUGAAAAGCUCUAUGCUGCUCGUGAAGUGAUCGGUAUCAAGAAGAUCUUGUCUCGUGGAAGAAGAAGAAGCCGCCUCUCUGAAGAGAAGGGACUCUUUUAAGUUCCCGGCUAUUCGAGGAAGAAGAAGGCGGGAUGGUAAUCUCCAGCAACAGAAAUCAGCAGUGAGAGAACUUCGACUUCAGGGUCAGUCUUGUCAAGGGGAACCGAGAAAUGGAGCGAGCUGGUUCCGACGGGGUGAUUUUCGCGAGCAAGUUUAGUACCGUUCCUGCUGCUGGUGAUGGAAUUGGAAGGGCGUCAACCGCCAACAGCAAUGGUGUUGGUGCUAGCCCCCUUACGAGAACAGUGUGGAGGGCGCUCACAAAGCAGUCCAAUGUCCAAGACUUCGUUGCAAAACUUACAUGGACGGAUUUAAGCGUCAACGUGUUGACGGACAAGGGAGCUUGCCGCACUGUUCUGGAUAGUCUCACAGGCUUUGCGGAGCCCGGAUCGCUGACCGUAGUCAUGGGUCCUUCCGGAUGCGGCAAAUCAACUCUGCUGGAUGCUUUAGCUGGACGACUGGCCAAGAACGCUAUUCAAACUGGAGACAUUCUUCUCAACGGGCACAAAAGGAAGCUGUCAUACGGGAUUGCUGCAUACGUUACUCAAGAUGACACGCUCAUUUCUACACUCACCGUGCGAGAGACAAUCUUCUACACAUCCAGGCUCCGCCUUCCAGACGCAAUGCCAAAUUCGGAGAAGCAAGCAAUUGUUGAGAGGGUGAUAAUAGAGAUGGGACUACAAGACUGUGCGAACACACCGGUUGGAAACUGGCAUUUAAGAGGACUGAGUGGUGGCGAGAAGAGGAGGCUGAGUAUAGCAGUGGAAAUACUCACUCGUCCGAGGCUACUCUUUCUAGACGAGCCGACCAGUGGCCUGGACAGUGCUUCAGCUUUCUUCGUAACAAGGACCCUUCGAAGGCUUGCUAGGGACAAGAGGACCGUGAUUUGUUCCGUACAUCAGCCCAGCAGCGAAGUUUUCCAGCUCUUUGACAAUCUUCUUUUGUUAUCAAACGGAAGAACUGUCUACUUUGGUCCGGCUGUCAAUGCACAGCAACACUUUGCGAGUGUUGGAUUUCCUUGCCCCCCGAUGCGCAAUCCUUCGGACCAUUUUCUUAAAGCCAUCAACGCGGAUUUCGACAGAGUAAACGAAUCGUUGAAGGAGUCCUGCCUCCCACACGAGGAUGAGGAAUCUGCCGAUGUGUUUGAAACAACCACCACAGCCGAAGUGAUCUCCGCUCUUCUCACAGCCUACGAAUCCUCCGAGCAAGCCCAGUCUGUGAUGGAACGGGUGGAAAUAAUGACCUUAGUGAAAGGAGAUUUUCUGGAGUCCAGUGGAAGCCAAGCGAGUUUCUGGAUGCAGUGUGCUACUCUCACACGAAGGUCUUUCACCAACAUGUCCAGGGACAUGGGAUAUUAUUGGCUCCGAGUUCUUGUCUACAUACUACUGGCGAUCUGCGUUGGAACCAUCUUCUACCGGGUUGGAACAAGCUACGACUCUAUAUUCGCUAGAGGCUCCUGCAUGGGCUACCUGUGGGGAUUCUUGACGUUCAUGGCAAUCGGAGGCUUUCCAUCUUUCGUAGAAGACAUGAAGGUGUUCCAUCGAGAAAGAUUGAAUGGCCACUAUGGAGUCGUCGCUUUCGUUGUUGGAAACACCCUGUCUUCUAUCCCGUUCCUGCUCCUCAUGUCGCUAACUUCCGGCGCCAUCACUUACUACCUCGUUCAACUCCAUCCGGGCGUCACUCACUUCCUCUAUUUUGUUCUGGGCUUAGCGACGUGUGUGACGCUAGUGGAGGGGCUGAUGAUGGCCGUCGCGAGUGUAGUUCCAAAUUACCUCAUGGGGAUCAUUGUGGGAGCAGCAGUCCAGGCCGUUCUCAUGCUAACUGGAGGCUUCUUCCGUCUACUAAGCGAUUUGCCUAAGCCUGUGUGGCGAUACCCAAUCUCCUACUUAAGUUUCCACAGCUACGUUCUUCAGGGAAUGUAUCAGAACGAUUUCCUUGGCAUCCAAUUCGAUAGCAAGUACCCGUUCCUCCCCAAGAUCAAUGGCCGAGACAUCCUCAUCAACAACGACGUGGAUAUGAGCCGGACAAAGUGGGACAACCUGGGCGUGCUGGUAGCCAUGGUCGUGGGAUACAGGCUCCUUUUUUUCGUGAUGAUCAAGCUCAGCGAGGACGUAGUUCCACACCUCCGAGCCUUGCGCGCCAAGCACAACGCGAAGAAGGCCACUGCUAUAAACAGCCAGCCGGAUCCAUCCUUCUCGCAUGCGUGAAAAAAGCUUUUGUUUCAGCUUCCUUGGUUGACCAAUCUUCUCAAGGGAAAAAAUUAUUUGGAGGACGAUACAAGUUGUGCUUAACAAUAAAAAGUAAAAAGACUUUAAAAAAUGGAAAUU